UCAAAUCAUGAGCAUUGAGAACUUUCCCAAGUACAGCUCCAAAACGGUUUGAUAAAAUGAUGGUUCAGCAGAUGUGAAUUAAGGAUUAAUGAACCGAAAGAAAACCGGAGAUAACCAAGGAAUUGGAGACUCCAUGCAUGUUUGUUUAUUUGGGAGUCAGAAGAAGAAACGGGUGGCGGCAUUUUUUGAUCGAACAUCCUCUCUUAAGUCUCUCUCCGUCGAUGGCGUUCAUGAGUGACUCAGACGAGGAGGCGAUACUUAUCGCGAACAAGCAAUCUAAACUUCUCUUCGAGGAAGCCGGUCGUGAUAAGACGACUUUGAACUUGAACGGCGCUAGUGAAGAAGGCGCAGAUGCCACAAUUUUGCAUCAUCCAGCGGCGGAGGGGUCGAAGUCACAGCUCGAGAUUCAAGGCCAGCGACGACGAAGACUUCGUCGUUCAAACCGGCGGACGGCUUCCAAGCAUUCAAAACCGGCGAAGGCUAGCGAUGGAGAUGCCAAAUCACAGGAUAAGAUGACUCCUCCUACUUCGGAGGAGCUUAAAAUCGCGCACGAGGAACUAUUCAGCUUCCUGGAACCAAUAAUUUUGCGGCAGCAAGCAGCAGUGGCCAAGGCGUUUAAAUCAAAGGAUUCUUUUACCUUAGAGCUAGAGGAGCAAGGCCGCUUGGAGAUAAUCAAUAUGAAUCUCAGAUAUCAAAUCCGGCGGAGACCUCCUCAUCCAAAGCGGAGGGCUGUGAAGUGCUCCAAAUCACAGGAUAAGAUGGAGGAGUUCAUCAACGCUAGCGACGGAGAUGCGGAGGUGGAGGCUGAGGAGAUGGUUUUUAAGCAACCAGUGGUGAGGUUUGUGCUGAAGCCGUUGGCAUCCACGGCGUUCGCGAGUGACGACUCAGACUAGGAGGAGGCUAAUAUGACUUCCAUCUUUUUGAACACCUCCUAGGUAAUAGAGGCAAAUGAUUCAUAUCUAUCUCCAUUGACUUGAUGCUAUAUACAUAUCAGUAUGUAUAAAAUAUUCAAUCAUAUUUCCUAAAAGUACUCAUCCAAGAGGGUAAGAAGCUGCAGCCUUGGCAAUGAGGUCUGCACCACUUAUUUUGACUGAUUUUUGGCUUUUUAUUAA